AUGGCCAAAUUUCUACGCACAGAAGCAGACAUUAUAAAUGCUCUAAAUGAGAUUUUAGAUAAUGAAUCUGAGGGUGAACCACUGGAGUCUCUAUCUGAGGAACAAUUUCCAUCGCCAAUAGUUCUGGAUUCUACAUCAGAAGAUGAUCUUACUCCUGAGAAGGUUCUACUGUAUGCUGAUGAGAUAGAAACUGAAGCACCUCGUGUACUGAGCUCAGAUGAGUGGACUAUAAAAAUUAAAGAACUGGAAGCUUUUAUAGCUAUAUUGUACGUCCAUGGUGCUAUUGGAGCUAAGAGCUUAGAACUGGACACAUUGUGUAUACAUACAUUAGAAAGAAGGAGGAAAAGAAGGAGGGAGAGGAAGAGGGAGAGGAAGAGGAAAAGAGGAAAAGAAGGAGGAAAAGAGGAAAAGAAGGAGGAAAAGAGGAAAAGAAGGAGGGAGAGGAAGAGGGAGAGGAAGAGGAAAAGAGGAAAAGAAGGAGGAAAAGAGGAAAAGAAGGAGGAAAAGAGGAAAAGAAGGAGGAAAAGAGGAAAAGAAGGAGGAAAAGAGGAAAAGAAGGAGGAAAAGAGGAAAAGAAGGAGGAAAAGAGGAAAAGAAGGAGGAAAAGAGGAAAAGAAGGAGGAAAAGAGGAAAAGAAGGAGGAAAAGAGGAAAAGAAGGAGGAAAAGAGGAAAAGAAGGAGGAAAAGAGGAAAAGAAGGAGGAAAAGAGGAAAAGAAGGAGGAAAAGAAGGAGGAAAAGAGGAAAAGAAGGAGGAAAAGAGGAAGAGGAAGAGGAAGAGGAAGAGGAAGAGGAAGAGGAAGAGGAAGAGGAAGAGGAAGAGGAAGAGGAAGAGGAAGAGGAAGAGGAAGAGAUGA